AUGGAAGUGAAAAAUUACAAUGGGUGGAGAUUUUGUCCUAGAUGCAAGAAUCUCCUCAAGCCAUAUCAUGAUGGAGAUAACACUGAAAUCUUACAAUUCAAAUGCAGAAAUCAAGACUGUGGAGAUAAUGGAAUCAUUGAAGUCAAAAUAGAUAAGACAUUAAAUAAAGAUGCGCUCUUGCUCAAAAAGGAUUAUCAAGCAGCCAAAGCUAUUGAUAUUACUGAUAAUACACUUAUCCUUGAUCCAUCUAUGCCGAGAAAGAGAGUAAUUUGUAACAAGUAAAUAUGCUAAUUAUUCAGAUGCAAUUAUGAUGAAGCCAUCUAUUUCCUCAAAACAGAUAAGAAUGAGAAGGAAAUUAUUAUUCAAUAUAUUUGUGCCAAUAAAAAUCCUAUUUGCGGCAAUAAGUGGACUCAAAGAGAAAUGAAUGAACCUAAGCUAACUUUGUAAUGA